AUGACAAGCAUUGUCAAUGGUGUGGAUAGUGAUCGCAACACCCAUGCGUAUCUUGGCGAUCUGGAAGCUGUAGACCACCGUAAUCUAGCGUUGUAUCCUGACGGAAAGGUUUUGUUCCCAGGCGAUGACUUGCCUCUUCGGAUGCUCUCGGAUUCGACACUUGGAGGCUUGCGUGAACUGUUAUCAAAUGAGAGUAUUUUGUUGGCUGUACUACCUCCACACCAAGCUGGUAAGCAUUUCGGUGCUACUGUUCGAGUCGAAAGGUUUAGUAUGGAAAACCACAGUGCACGGAUGACAGGAGCUGCGAGGCAGCGUUUUUGUCUGCUUCAGCGAUUGCCAGCCGUCCCAAACGCUCAAAUUUUAUGGGGAAAAGUGCAGAUUCUACCCUUAGACAGAGCUCAGUCAAUCCCGUUCGAUCAAUUAUGGUCGCAUCCGGAAAAGAAUUCAAAGAGUAAAAAAAAUCUUCGGCAACUCCGUAGUCGGCAGUAUCCGGCGUACUGGGGGUAUAACACGUAUACGUUAUAUGAUGCACGUUUACUUGUGCAAAAGAUUCAAAAUAUGCUGCUGUCCAAUGUUCACGGUGAGUGGUAUCGCAAACCUCGAACGGAGUGGUCAAGAAGACACAGUGACAAUGCCGAUCAAUAUGAAAAGUCGAAUCUAGUGCACUACUUGGCGCUUUCUUGCGAUCAACAGGAUCCAAACCUUUUCGCGCAGUGGGUAGCUGGUAAUCUACCAUUAGAUACGACUCAACGACUGGAGCUGCUCAGUAUAAAUUCAACCGUGCGAUUGCUUCGUCGAGAGAUUGAACUUCUUGAACAGGUGGAAGAAGAUAUCUUUUGUGCCAUGUGCGGCUUUUUGAUUGCAAAUACUCGGGAGAUUUUCAGUAUGACGGCAUGUGGGGCAGCAGGUGGCACAUUUGUUAAUCCUGGUGGCCACGUUUUUCAAGUGUUAACCUUGCGCGAUGUUCACCGCGCACACAUUUUUGCGGGUAUGACGCGCAGCACGGAGGAUUCGUGGUUUGCCGGUUACGCAUGGAGUAUCACGCAUUGCAAUUCGUGCUACCAACAUCUCGGCUGGCGUUUUGAUCGAGUAGACUCAGAUCAUUUGCCUGCUACGUUCUUCGGCUUUCGGCGAGCCGCGUUAACUCGAUCUCGCAAUUCGCAAUUAAAUAUUAGUGGAACACUAGGCCUGAGUCCGCACGAUUGA